AUGAAGCUCGUACUCCUCGCCUGCCUGGUCGCCGUAACCGCCGCCGCCCCCCAUCCUGACCGGGACGCCCAGACCGUGGUAGACGAGCGCCAGGAUGAUGGAGAUGGAAAUUUCUACUACCGGUUCAAAACCAGCGACAGCAUCACGGAGGAGAGGCAGGGCACCCCUGGGGUAGAGGGCCAGAGCAACAUGCAGGGAUCCUACUCCUUCACUCACCCUGACGGCACCGUCUCUGUGGUCAACUUCAUCGCCGACGAGAACGGCUACCGUGUUGUUGACUCCCCAAGACCUCCUGUUCUGCCCCCAAGACCUCUUGUUGAGCCCACAAUAACUCCUCCGCCCCCCAAACCAAUUACUAUUACCCAGGCCGCAUUUGCCCCUGCACGCCCUAUUCCCUUUGAUUAA